AAAUUUUAUACAAUGAAUGCACAAUUUUGAAUUCUAGGCAUUUAACCAAAUACAUUUUAGACUGGUUGCCUAAAAUACCAAAUGUAUUAGUUUUAAAAGCGCUGACAUAUCUGCUGCUGUCAUUUGUCAAGCUAUAUAUCAAGCAGCGUGUGCGGAGGGGAUGCAGAAAGUGUACAAGGCCAAUGUGAUAGUGGUUGGUCAGGGAGGUAUCGGGAAAACACACCUUUGCCGAAAUCUGCUGGGAGAAGAGUUCACUGAAGGUGACCUGGUGACAAAUGGUAUUGCUGUGUCAGGAUGUGUUCUGGAGAAACACAAAGCAGGGACCACCUUCAAAAGACAAGAUGAGUUCUUCACCAAAAAUUACUAUAGUGAUACACUUGCCAGUGGCGUCAAGAAAUACAAAGGAUCCGAGAAUUCUUCAAAGUCAAGGAGUGCGCCUGCUUUGAUAGAGGUUAAAGAAGACGAUGAAACAGUGAGACAGAUACUUGAAAAGAGCGACGGGCUUCCACAAUUCCACGAAUCAGUGACACUCUGGGACUUUGGCGGUCAGUAUGUUUUCUACACGACACAUCAAACUUUCCUCACCUGGCGAGCUGUCUACUUACUGGUGUUUGACCUCACCAAAGGUUUAAAUGCACCCGUCCACGUGAAGAGAGGUGGCACAGUUAAAGAUAUCAAAGUGGAUAUCAUCCCUAGCACUGAAAGGAAGAAGGCAGUAGAAGAAAGGUUUAGUGAAAUUCAGGAAUACCUGCGCAGGAGACCGGCACACGACAUGCACGUGCAGCCAUAUUUAUAUGCUGUGAACAACUGCGACCCUCAGGACGCUGGAAUACAAGAGUUAAGACAAGAAAUAUGUAAAACAAUCAAGGAGCAACCAUACUGGGGUGAAGAGCAGCCGUUGAAGUACGUGCUUCUGGAAAAGAGACUAGAGGAGAUCAGCGAAACUCGGAAGUGUCUCAGUCUUGAAGAGGUGCUUGAGAUAGGAAAACAAUAUGGUCUGGUGAACGAUGAAAUGGUAAUUCACUUUUUGAAAUUCUACAGCGAUCUUGGGGAACUUGUUUUCUUCAAUGAAGAUGACACUCGCAACAUCAUCAUAUUAGAUCCCCAGUGGUUGAUUGAUGCCUUUGCAUCCCUUAUAACAGUAGAGAAGUACCACAAGGGCUCAAAACCAGAAGUUGGUGUUUAUUGGGAUCUGCUGGACGACAGAGGAGAACUGGAUGACCGCCUGAUUGACAUUGUGUGGGAGGAACAGGCCGAGCUGAAGGAAAACAAGGCAAUUCUUCUUCGCAUUUGUCAGCGCUUUGAUUUACUUGUUGAGCUACAGGAGGAAGGUGCUGACAGUCAAUGGAAGAAGUAUUUGGUACCUUGUUUGCUGAAAAAUCACUCAGAGUCAGAAGUUUAUUUGGGGAAACCCCAAUGUCAAUCAGAAGAUCAUUUGAAGAUGCAGAAGAUUCCUCCAUUAUACCUGAUGUUUGACGGAGGAUUCUGCCCCCCUGGUCUCUUUCAUCGCCUGGUGGUCUGCUGCUACAGAAAGUGGUCAUCUCACGACCAAAAUCCAUUCUGCAAUUUUGCAUGCUUCAAGGUAGAUGAUUCAAUCCACACAAUAUUGGAGUUAUGGAACGAAGGAAAUGGCACCUUCAGACUCAUGGUGGGCUCGUUGAAAAAGGAUGUCAAUCCUCUCGAGGACGAUAAUGCGUUCAAUGUGCUAAGCUACAUUACACAUGAGUUAUAUCGUCUUAUCAACGCCUACUUCCCUUACCUGAAGUACAGCAUUGCAUUUCGCUUUCGACACGGCCUGGUAAAACUGAAGGAAUUGGUUAACAAGAAAGAUACUCUGAAAACUGUUAUCUUGGAAAAGGAAGACGUAUGUCCACCUGGCUGCCCAGUGGUUAAUGAAACUGCUCCGUACAGGAAGUGGCUCAGGAAUAAUGAAAAUAAAGUAUUUCCUUCCACCAGAAUUGCAGUCUAUCCACCUGAUGCCUUGGUAUGCGAUCUAUCAAGAAAAAUUGGAUUCGAGUGGGAGGAAGUAGCUGCCUAUCUUGGAGUGGAGAGACCUCAGAUAGAUCAUUUCAAGCUCAACUUCCCCAGUGACGCACUUGGUCAGAUUCGCAAUAUGCUGUUUCAAUGGAGAGAAGGAAUGGGGGCUAGCAGCAAUGAAGAGCGCCGGGAAAUGCUGAAGGAAGCGUUGGAAAGGGCUCGUCGUAAAGACUUAGCCGAGAGUAUUGCUUCAGACCAAAACAUAAAUUAA